AUGUGCAAAGCGCACACGGUUGUCAGUGGAAUCCAGGACAACGAGGUUUGCACAGCAGCCAAUAACAAAUUCCUUUUGCGGAAUCUUCUCACUAUUCCACGCAGUGUCUUCUGGGUCAAAGGCGAUUGCCUCUCGCAAUUCUUCUAUAUGAAGCGGACUGGUCGCGAAGCUAACCCAUUUGAGUACUUUAAGAACACGGCUGUCCUUACGAUUGAUUCUCUCAAUGCAAAGGCCAUAUGUGUCUUCAAGCCCCUUUGGUAG